ACCCACAGCUCCCGCCCCGUCGCGGGGAUAAAUGCGGAGUCCGCUCGGGUGGCCGCUGCGGAGUUUGCUCGCCGUGCAGUGCGCUUCGGGCGGUGCAGCUGGGCGCCGCUCCCGCUCCCGCUCCCGCGCGCUGCGUUCCUGCCCGGAGUCGCGUCCCGGGGCUGGGCCUGUAGCCGCGGAGCUUCUCAUCGGCGCCCCAAGAGCUAGCUGCGGGCCCCGCGGAGAACUAGCCGGCCGGAAAGAUGUGGACGGCGCCGGUGCUGCUGUGGAUCUUGGGCGGCGCGUCGCUCUGGGUCCCGGCACUGCCAGCUAUCAUUGCUGGGCUAGAAGAUCACACCACAACUCCGAGUGUAGAGAUUGGCACGGUGAACCCAGGUAAAGAGGACCACAUACCAACCACGAGUGGUUCUCAAGCGCCUCAGCCGUCUCCUAGCCUGACGACUCAGGUGCCAGCAAGUGCAGAACGUACAACAAGCAUUGGUGUUGAGGAUGUGUCAACCCCAGGAAUCCCAACCCACAGUCCCCCAAAAAGCCAGACAACCACAACCUCACCUAUGGUGACCAGCACCUCAUCAGUGAAUGUGACUAAAUCAACACAGACAGCCGUUCAUAAAGAUGGCUUAUCAGCAUCGACCCUGGCUGGAAUUGUCUUCGGGGUCUUAAUCGCCUUGGGCUUACUCUGUGGCAUCCUCUUUAUAUUUGUGCGGAACAUGUCCAAAUGAUUUUUGUCCUAAGAGUCAGAGGAUCAUGCCCUCUGCCCACAUGUUUGGAAAAAGAGUUUGUGGCUUCCCCUACUCCCUGUCCCCAAGCUCGUGGGAGAAGAUGACCCGUGGACCACUCAUGCACCCACUCAAAAAUCCAUGGCGAUUCCCCCACUUGCCAAAUACAGCAGAAGGAAAGAUAAUUCACACGACUUGGCUCCUCUGAGCACCUGCCUUUUGAAGAAAUUUUUAAAUAUAAAUUUGAGAGUUGACAAUUUAAACACAAAGCACAUGGAAAAGGAGACAAAAUUAUAAACUGAUUGUCACCAAGACAAUAGCAUUCAAUCGAUGUUAGUGACUGUGCUCUCAUCUCACUCGUGUCUUCGUUCUGUUUUUGUUCAAAUGCAGUGGAAUCUGGAAAUGUUUAUAUCCAUGGAGACCUUGGUCCCGAGCUCCCGCCAGACGUUUUGCAAUUGCCAAUCUGUUGAAAUGUACACACUCCAGUCUAGUUUGGUCUGGUUUUUAAAGCCUGAUUGGGUAUGAGCAACAUCUAAGCUUGGAUUAUAUAUGAUAAACAACUGCUUUUAGGGGAUCCAGAUAAAUUUUAUGCAUUUUAGGUCACAAACAGGAAGUCUGUCCUUUGAGGAAGGUACUUUGAUUCUGGCUAAAGGUUACUGAGCAACUCUGGGCCCCGUGAUGACAGAAUGACUCAAAAGAUGUGUUCCUGCCUGCCCGCUCCGCUUCCCCCAACUGUUGGCAGCCAAAGCUAAGCAGCAGCUUUUCUCACUCCCGUGCCACACAAAUCUACCAGGUUGACCCUUUUGUCUUGGAGUACAGAGAUCACGGCCCCACAUGCCUAGGAAGUUGAUGGAUGCCCCAUGGUACUAGAAAGUCAACUGUUCUACAAACCAAGAACCCAGCUUGAUCCCCAGGCAGAAAGAAAAAAGCAGUUGGAUUUAAAGACACAAUUUAAAAUAAAAGAUGUUCUCAGUGUUUACUACAUCCUGAGCCUUUCACUGGGAUCAUGUUGGAAAGAGCAAAAUAAAGCAGCGCAAGGGGCCCGGUCUAUCCCAGCACAAUGCAGCCUAGUGUUUCUUUUCCCAUAGACACACUGGCUUCUUUUUCUUACACAGAAUGUUUUUAUGUGGACCAGAUGCUCUGUCACAGUCGGGGUUGUGCAAUCCUGAUAUCCUCUAAACUCAAGAGUUCAUAAAACAGGAAAAAGUAAACGAUCGGUCGGAAGCACAGCCCACCCAUCCUCCUUUCCCCACCCCUGUUUUUUUUUUUUUUUUGGCAGUAAUUCGUGGAUGUUAUUUUAAACAGUGCAUCCAGUGGGUUCUCCAAAUCCAGCUGCCCCACCAGGUUCCACACUUGAAUCAGCUGGGUGAGAGAAGUGAGUUAAAGGGGCCGAGUGACUUUAAGUAGCUUUUCCUUUCAUCAGACAGAUUCCUGCACGGGAGUUAGGAGUAAUGGCCCCGUUGCUUCUCUGUCCUUUCUCUGCACCUCUCACUGUGAAAGGUAACAGUCCCGGCCCGAAUCAUACACUGGACUUGGAGCCUGCUGGGGCGGGGUUGUGGGUUUCUUGGUCACAUUUUGUUGGUGCUCAACGCAGUGUAGACAUAUUUUCAAAUAAAACAGGUGAUUGUGUACAAGAA